AUGGGUCUAUCAUUAGCUAUUGAGUGGCCGGCCGUGCUGCUACUGCUGCUACUGCUGCUGCUGCUGUUGUUGUUGGUAUCGCCAUCAUCAUCGGCACAGCUGCGCGUGCGUCAGAAAGUGUUGAUAGACUCCGUAGAGACGGCCUUCGAUCAGCUAGCAGGCGAACGACGCAGGGAGACCGGAGGAGCAUCUUCCAGCAGCAGCAGUCGCCGCCAGGCGGCGUUCAACCCAGCUAGCAGUAAGGCAGCGAGUAGAGCAGUAACAGCCGAAGCUGCAGUUAGAGCAACGCGCAUCAUCAAGAACGACCUACAUCUGUCGGAUGCGGACGUGGAGCAACUGGCUGAUACGAGCACGGCCACUACAAGACUUGCAGACACCUGCCCCCUAGCGGACAUUACUUGCAACGCGGCAGACAAGUUUCGCACUGCUAGUGGCGAGUGUAACAACAAGGCAAACCCGAACUGGGGAUCAGCGCUUGUGAAUCUACGUCGCAUGCUCGGUACCAACGCGUACGAUGAUGGAAUCAGCGAACCCAGACGUACAUCACAGUCCGCCAGCAGCCAGACCCUGCCCUCCGCCCGUGACGUCAGUGAGGCCGUGCACGGCACCACUGACGCCCCCAGUCGGACUAUGUCGCUCAUGGUGAUGCAGUGGGGACAGUUUGUGGAUCAUGACAUCACACUGACACCAACGUGGGCGGGAGUGGAGGGAGUUCCGGAGGAUUGUUGCGCAGACGAUACGAGUGCGGAAUGCUUCACGAUCGCAGUGCCAUCUAGCGACCAAUACUACCAAGGUCGAGUGAAGUGUCUCAACUUCGUGAGGUCUCUUUCCGGUCCCAGCGAGGGAUGUCCAUUAGGUGAGUGUAGGGGGCACUGGUAUCGCUAUAAUGUGUUUAUUUCUAUGUGUUAUUAUGUUUUGUAGAUACAAGCUGUUUAUGCAGAAGCAGAGAGACCGACUGAUAGUGAGAGAAGAAAGAGAAAUGAGAGAGAGAGAGAGAGAGAGAGA